AUGGCGAGAUUUUCUCUUCCGUCGCCGGCCUUUGACUUCUUCCAGCCCCCUCCAAACCUCGACACAAAACCCAUGUUCGCCAGAGAUGAGGAGAUGAGCGUACUGGACGACAAGAUCCUAGACACCAGCGCUCAAGAUAUGUCGAUGGACAGCUCACGGCGGACGUCCUUUGACCAAGCCACCGACGAGUUCUCGCGGAGGGAGUCGGUAUGGUCGGAUAUGGCUCAGCACCAGACCGACGCACAGUCACGGCAUCCAUCACAACUGUCGACACCACUCUUCGAGCCUGUCAGCAAUCCCUUUGUGCGACUAGAUGCACCCACAGGAGCCUUCGCCCAGCAACAACAUCCACACCACCAGCACCACCAGCAGCAACAACCGCUUUGGCCGGUAUCUAAUGAAUCCGGCUCCUGUACCCCUACACCAAUCUACGAAAACUUCCCCCAAGAGUUCGAUGGCGCCGUUGCCAACCCAUUUACCGGUGGCGCCGUUGGCCAGGUACAGCCAAUGUCGUAUCAGCAGAUGCAAUUCAGAGCCUCUCCGCCCUUCGCGGCGCCUAAUUCUAUUCCCAUGUCUCCGCAAUCUAGCCAAGGCUGGGUAUCAGGCUCAUCUGAAGUGCCCGAAGUCCAGUCACGACCUGUCAGAACAUCCGGUGGAUAUCGAAACAGCGCAGCCAGUCUUACCAUCCGACGAGAUGGAAUUCGCAAGAAGAACGCCCGUUUCGAUAUCCCUGCCGAGCGGACGCUGAGUAACAUUGAUCUCCUGAUCAGCCAGUCAAACGAUGAAGACGAGAUCAAGGAACUCAAGCAGCAGAAACGUCUUCUUAGGAACAGGCAGGCAGCCCUUGACUCUCGCCAGCGAAAGAAGGUUCACACCGAACAGCUGGAGGAGGACAAACGAAGAUCUUCAACUCACAUUAAUGAGCUCCAGGAGGCACUCCAGGAGAUGAAGCUUCGAGAGGCAGAACUCAUCAGGGAAAAGAACGAAAUGCUUGAACGCCAGCAACAGUUGCACCAGUUUGUUGAACAGCUCCACAUGGAAAAGGAAGAGUUGAUCCGCACCCACACCCUUGAGACAGGCGAGCUCCGAAAGAAGAAUACUAUUCUUCGAGAACACUUGGAGCGGAUGGAGAUGAACUCUAGUAAUCCCUCUGACUCUGGCUCCACGGUUCGCAACGACUUUUCCGACUAUGGCGGCCUCAACAUGGACAACCCUUCAUGGGAGUCAUUCUCCCUAUCGGAUGAGUUCAGUCUCGACACAGAACAGCGCCCGCAGCCCCGCAGCCCCACGCCUACGCCUGCUCGACAUCCAUUCACUCUAGACUUCAGCUCCAAGAAGACGGAGAAACAAGCAGAGAAGCCGUUGACCCAGUCCGACUCUGCUUUCAGUUGGAAUGCUUUCUACAUGUGCCUGCUUUUCGGUGCCUUUAUUGCCUCCAACAGCACCUCCACUUCGCAGCCCGCCAUUCCCGCUCUGUCCGAAGAAUAUCGCGCAGAGUCAGCAAACGUCUUGCGUGCAGUCCUCGCCUCUGGCUCUCCUGAUGGGAACUCGGCUAGCAUUGUUGGUCCAUCGCCCAGCUCCAGUGCCUUGUUGCCCACCACCAUUAGCAACAGUGAAAUGGCCCAGAUCACCUCUGGCCCUACUGGCGGUGCUGCUACAAAUCUUGAUGUUUUGCAUAAUAACCUCGUUGCACCGUCAAAAGAACAGGAAGAUGCCCAGGCCUUUGCCAUGACUACUAAGCAAUACCAAGCACUAACUACUCUGGGUGAUGACGAAAUGGGCGAGGACCACGUUGCUCCUCCAUCGAACCUGCAGCAGGCCUACGCUGCUAUGCGCAAUAAUGGACUUCAGAACCGUGCCGCUUUCAAGGGAAAUGGAAACCCAGACAUCUACUCGCGAUCACUAAUGUGGGACCGCGUCCCCCAGAAGGUACUACAGGACUUCAACAACAUGGUGAGAGAGUGUGCUGGAAAGACUGUCAAGGCCGAGGAGCCUGGCAGGGAGUCUGCCACCUGUUGA